AAAUGAAAUGUUCCUUGUCACGUCCCAUCUCUCUUCAGCUUCUCCUUCCUUUUGCUCUCUCUCUCUCUUCUGGUUUUCUUCUCAGUAAGUCGGCGAUGAUUUCAUUCCGACCGAUCAACUCCUCGCCGAGUAAAUGACAAAUGCGAGUACUCCAUAUUAUCGCGGCGCUCGCUCUUUAAACGACACUGUACUCCAUAUUAUAUGCCUUUGUUUUUCCUCUCAUUAGUAUUACUUAGUUCUCUGAGCUUCUUCUGUUCUUCAGUCUUCUGAACUCUCCAGAUUUUCUCUCUCUAAGUUUGACCUUCCGAUCGUCUGCUUGUGCGUUUGUGUGUGGGUCACUCUCUGAUCGGAUCCAUCUCAGUCGUUCGAUUUGCCGUGAGGAGAGGCAUUCAUCGACCACGCUGAUGCUAUAAGCGUAUUGGAGGAGAAGUUUUAGCUUAAACUGGAGCUAAAUUCGAAGGAAGAACACGAAGAGCCAUGUUGGAUCUCAAUCUGAAUGUGCUCUCGGCCGAUUCGGCUUACCAGAACGACGGAGACUCCGCCAUGUUCGUCGAGAAGGUUCCGCAAGGCUCCGGGACCCAAAUGGACGAGUCCGGGACCUCGAAUUCGUCGAUCGUCAAUGCGGACGCGUCGAGCAACGGAGGCGACGACGAUUCGUGCUCCACACGCGCUGGCGGGAGCGAGGUCUACACAUUCAACUUCGAUAUCCUGAAGGUUGGGGCCGAAAACGACGUCGUCGUCACGAAGGAGUUCUUCCCGAUGACCACUGGAGGAGCGAAUGUGGAUCUCAAGGACUGGCAGGGACAGUCCUCGUCGUCUUCUGCGCCUUCGAGGAAGAAAUGGAUCGAGCUUGGGUUCGACCAGAGUGGGUCUGGAGAGGUGAGGAUGCCUCAGCAACAACAACAGCAGCAACAGCAACAACAACAGCAGCAACAGCAACAGCAACAGCAACAGCCGAAGAAGAGCAGGAGGGGACCGAGGUCUCGGAGCUCGCAGUACAGAGGGGUCACUUUCUACAGGAGGACGGGAAGAUGGGAAUCGCAUAUUUGGGAUUGUGGAAAACAAGUCUAUCUGGGUGGUUUCGACACCGCUCAUGCUGCGGCUAGGGCCUAUGAUCGAGCUGCUAUUAAGUUCAGGGGAGUAGAUGCUGAUAUCAAUUUCAAUCUCAGCGAUUAUGAGGAUGAUUUGAAUCAGAUGAAGAACUUGACUAAGGAAGAAUUUGUGCACAUACUACGGAGACAUAGCACAGGCUUCUCUCGGGGCAGCUCAAAAUAUAGAGGAGUGACGCUGCACAAAUGUGGCCGUUGGGAAGCUCGAAUGGGGCAGUUCCUUGGCAAAAAGUAUAUAUAUCUUGGGCUAUUCGACAGCGAAGUAGAAGCUGCAAGGGCAUAUGACAAGGCAGCCAUCAAAUGUAAUGGAAGGGAAGCGGUCACCAACUUUGAGCCAAGUACCUAUGAAGGGGAUAUGAUCCCUGAGGCCAAUAGUGAAGGUGGCAAUCACAAUCUUGAUCUCAAUCUGGGAAUAUCCCCCCCUUCAUUUGGCAAUGGUCAAAAGGAAAAUGAGGGACGUAUCCAGUUCCGCCCUGGCCCUUAUGACGUGCACGGCAGAAAGUUUGUGGGGAUGGAGAACCAUACUAGCGCAACACUGGGCGAUCCACCUUUCAAAGGGCUAGUAAUGACAUCUGAGCAGCCUCUACUGUUGAAUGGUGUAUAUCCUAGUUACUUUCCGAGUGAGGAAAGGGCAACAGAGAAGAGGAUUGCACUAGGUUCUUCUCAAGGACUCCCAUCAUGGAAAAUGCAUGGCCAGGUCACUGCAACCCAAGUGCCACUGUUCUCUACUGCAGCAUCAUCAGGAUUCUCAUUUUCAGCCGCCCCUCCGUCCGCUGCCAUCCUUCCGUCAAAACCAUUAAACCCGGCGACCCUCAAUCUCUGUUUCACUUCUUCAGCCACAGCUCCCACCAAUUCCCCUCAAUAUUAUUACCAGGUGAGGCCACAACAGGCACCACCCUAGAAUGGCUAGAAUUUAUCCUCCCUCUAUAGUUGAGAGGCAUGUGUAACAGCCGUGGUUUUGAAUAUUCUUUUGUAUGAUCAGAAAAUAGUGAUUGCUCUAAAACUACUACUAUUGAUUCUGACUCUCUUCUAAAGCAAUUACCAAACUCUGUUGGAGAUGUUGGUAUUAAGAAAAUGCUAAUUCUCUCUUCGCAUUUAUGCUAUACACUCAUGGCAUCAUUGACUUGGAGUUU